AUGGCCUUCCCUCAAGGGCAGCCAGCUAGGCCUCCACCAUCUUCACUGUCCUCAUUGCCCCAGUCCGAUUGCAGCCCAGUUGAGGUACCCACUGGUGUCAUGUCUGCCACAGGGGAUCGAGACCCAACCCAAGAGGGCCCAGUGGGAGAGUGGAUGGGGGCUGCUGGAGUGGGUGAAGGGAUAGACCUCGACUUGGGCCCAGAUGGGGGCAACAUGGCACCUGAGACCAUGGAAGCCCAGGUGGCGGGUUCUGGGGGGAUGGAGAUCCUGGAGCCUGAGGGAGGCCUAGAGGAGGAAGAGGAAGCUCAGGGCCUAGUCCCGGCCAGAGCCCGGGAGGGCGGCGACGCUGAGGAAGACUCGGACAUUGGGCCGGCAGAGGAGGAGGGAGGGGACCUGGAAGAGAGCCAGGACAUCCUCGUGGACGCCCGUCAGUUCCCCAUGGUUGGCUUCCGCUUCAUGUUCCUGGAUCUGGUCCACUCCCUUCUGCACCGCAUCUACUACAACGACCACAUCCUGAUCCGCCCCUACCGUGGCCCUGUGGUGAGGCUGAGAAUGACGGCCCAAUCUCGGGAGGUCCAAGGCGAGGGCCUUCGCUUGGGUCUAGGCCUGCCUGAGGUGGCCACCUCAGUCCUAGAGUUCCAGGAACCAACAGACAACGCAGAGGCAGCCCAUGUUUCCGUGGAGCAGACAGAGGAAGUGGCAGAGGAGGAGCAGGCAGACGAGAUGAUAGAUCAGGUCACAGAAAUAAGGGAAAUAACUAAAUAUCAGUAUGGUAACUGGAGUGAAGAUGAUGUAGACUUUGGAGGUGAAGAAGAGAAAGAACAAGAG